AUGAUCCUGUAUGACAACAAGAGUAUCGUCUCCUUGUCUUGCAAGUGCCAUGGCAGCGUCUUCCCCAAGGCGACGCUGAUUGCACUUCCAUUCGUGGUCACGGUGAUUGUGCUGAAAGCCCUUGUCCAAGCCGAGCAACUCAGCCUGGAUGACUUGGACUUGAUCACGGACGGCUCCGUGUACGGCGCAUUCAGCCUGGUAUUGAGCUUCACCUUGGUCUUCCGAUGCCAGCAGGCUUACCAGCGCUACAUCGAGUCUGCCAAGGCCAUGCACACCAUGAGUGCCGAGUGGAUCGAUGCAUGUGGCAGCCUGCUGUCCUUCAGCAAAGCUUCCAAGAAGCCCGAGAGAGAGAAGCAGCAGUUCGAGGGUGUGAUGGUCCGAUUGUUUUGCCUGAUGCAUGCCUGCGCUAUGGAGGAUCUCUGCAAUAAGGGAGAUCACUUCACGUUGCUGGAUAUGGAGGCUUUCGUGCCAGAAGAUCUCAGCCUCCUUGAGCAGCCUGCCGGUGCGAACACGAUGGAGAAUCCAACAUCUAUGCAGAUACAAUAUGUCUUCAUCUGGAUCAAGUACUUGAUUGUACAAGGCAUCAACAGCGGUUUGUUGGACAUCCCACCCCCGAUCCUGACGCGCGCCUACCAGGAAAUCGGCGCUGGCAUGGCCGAAUUCCACAACGCUCAGAUGAUCUCUAUGUGGCCCUUCCCUUUUCCCUAUGCCCAGCUCAGCCUUUUCCUCUCUGUGCUUCACCUGUUUCUGAGCCCCAUCAUCAUGGUGAAGUACACAACCAGUUUUUGGGGAGCGGCCCUCCUGACCUACAUCUCCAUCGUCUGCGUGAUGUCCCUGAACAUCAUUGGGGUGGAGCUGGAGAACCCAUUUGGUGAAGACACCAACGACCUACCUGCUGCAGAGACCCACGAGCAGUUCCGACACCACAUCUUGCUCUUAGCCGACCCAAGCGCCUGGAGGAUACCGCGAACCAAGGAAACGGCUUCCUUUGAGUUCGAGACUUUGCGGAACGCCUCCGGCCGGCGAGUGAGCUUGAAGCAACAUCUCAACAACACGGGGCACUUGGAUGCCUGGUCCAAAGAUCCCAAGGACAUCAAGGACACGAAGGACACGAAGGACACCACGGACAUGAAGGCCAUCGACACUGAUCAUCGCGAGACAAACCAGGGGCCCCCCCAGCUGCCGAGUCCGCAACACAGCCCCAGCCACGUUCAGCUGCAAGACCUCAAUGCCAAGCAAACGGAGAUCCUGGAGCGCUGGCUCAGCCGCCAGUCGACCAUGCUGGAGACGUUCCUGACAAGGCAGCAGGCCUUCAUGGAACAGAUGGCCAGGACUCGAAAUGUCGAGGUGAGGCCCUCCGGGCCUUCUGUGUUCACGCCGGAGGGCUGCUGUUCCAUCAGCGCCGUCCGACCCAGGCCCCUGGCUUGA